AUGAACCGAAAACGAAAUAGAACGAAUGGAUUUGAAAAGUGGGGGGGUUACAUGGAAGCCAAGAAGACCAAACUUGAAAAACAAUUCACAGAAAAAGCUGCUGGUGAUAGUAACCAUGUAAAAAGUCAAAUUUUUAAAGGCAUUUCGAUCUUUGUCAAUGGUUAUACUCUGCCUUCGGCCAAUGAACUGAAUCGUAUAAUGAUGGAGAAUGGAGGGGUUUACCAUAAUUACCACAGACCUAACAUUACUACACAUAUAAUAGCAAGCAAUUUACCCACUGCUAAAUUAAAACUACUCAAACAGUUCAAAAUUGUAAAACCUGAAUGGAUAUCUGAUAGUAUAAAAGAAGGAAAACUUUUAAACUAUGAAGAUUAUUUACUUUUUAUUGAUCAACCAAAUCAGCCAAAAAUUGAUUUCCCAGUCCGUGCAAAAAAUGCUUCAGAACCAACGUUUCUAUCAGAAUUCUACAAUAAUUCCAGAUUGCAUUUAAUAUCAACUAUGGCAACGACAUUCAAACAUUUAGUAAAUGAUACACGGAAACGGAAUCAAACCGAUUAUCCUGGACGACAACGAUUGAAGAAAUGGAUUGAACAAAAUGGAGUUAAAGACAUGUUAUCGCAUGACUCUGAGCUUGACUCGGGUAAAACAGUCAUGCACAUUGAUAUGGAUUGUUUUUUUGUGUCUGCUGGUUUGGUUGAAAGACCAGAACUUCGAGGUCUGCCUGUAGCCGUUACACAUGCCAAAGGAAAUUUGUCUAAGAAAAGAGAAGGGGUUGAUCUUGGAGCAGAGUUUGGUUUGUAUGUUAAACGUUGGAGAGGUGACGAUAAUGAAAAUGGCGAAGAAGAUGAAGAAGUACAAGAAAUUAAACCUCGAUCAACUAAAAGAGAUGGUAUUAAUGAAACAGAUUCAAUGGCAGAGAUUGCGUGUUGUAGCUAUGAAGCUAGAAAAGUUGGUAUUAAAAACGGUAUGCUGGUUGGAAAAGCAUUAAAGAUGUGUCCAACUCUAAAAUUAAUACCAUAUAAUUUUGAGCAAUACAAAAGAGUAGCUCAUACUUUAUACUCUCACAUAAUGAAUGAUUAUACAUUAGACGUGGAAGCGGUUAGUUGUGAUGAAUUAUAUUUAGAUUGUUCAAAUAUUCUGGAAACUACAAAAGCAUCGCCUUUUGAAUUAGCCACGUUUCUACGAAAAGAAAUUAAAGAAAAAACCCAGUGCCCGUGUUCUACUGGCAUUGGCUCAAAUUGUCUGCUCGCCCGGUUAGCCACGAAGAAAGCCAAACCAGAUGGUCAAUUUUAUUUGGAACCUGGUAAUAUUAUGGAUUUCAUGAGAAACAUAGAUAUAUCUGACGUUCCAGGUGUUGGAAGGACCUUGGGACAUAAAUUGUCAACAUUUGGUAUCAGUACAUGUGGUGAACUAAGUGCACUGUCGCUGCAAACUCUUCAAAGUGAAUUUGGAAACAAGACUGGACUUUCGUUGUAUAAGCAUUGUCGUGGAGAAGAUGAUCGAAAACUUAACUAUGACUAUAAACCAAAGUCAGUGUCUGCUGAAGUGAAUUAUGGUAUUAGGUUUAAAAACAAGGAGGAGUCAGAAAAUUUUGUAAGACAAUUAUGUGAUGAGGUUGAAAAACGACUUGAUGAUAUAGAAAUGAAUGGCAAAACAGUUACCUUAAAAUUAAUGAUUAGAAAUGUAGAGGCACCAAAAGAAUCCGCAAAAUUUUUAGGCCAUGGAUUUUGUGAUAAUAUUACCAAAUCAAAUUCUUUAACUAAAUCAACAUCAAAUUCUAUAAUAAUUUUCCAAGUUGUCAAUAAAAUAAUGAAUCAAUUAAAUAUUGAUCCAUCUGAAUUACGUGGAAUAGGAAUACAGAUGAAUAAAUUAGAAAGUCGCAAUGUAACAGGGGCUGGACGCAUAGAACAUUUUAUAUCAAACAUGAAAUCUGAUACAAAAAGAAAUAAUAUUCCUCCUAAUGAAAAUACUGACAAUGAUAAAAUAAUAUCAACUAAAGUGUCUGAACCCAGAAGCCUCCAGAGUUCAUCGACAGACGGUUGUAAUAAACCAAAAUCUGUUAUAGAUUUUUUUAAGCCCAAAGAAGAAUUAAAUUCUAGAAAACAUAUUAAGACUUCAAACUCCAAAUCUAAUAUCCCUCAUGAGUCACUUGUUAAUAUAAGAAUGUCCCAAGUAGAUCCAUCAUUUCUAGACGCAUUGCCCACAGAUUUACGUCGAGAAAUAGAAAACGAAUUGAAAGCUAAUAAAAACCAAAAUUCUCUAUUCGAUGAAAAUGAAAAUUCAUCCACAAUGGAAGUCACAAUGACAGAAGAAAGCUCAAAGUUAUAUCAACAUGUGCAAAUUGAUCAGAUGAAAGAAUUUAUUGAAGAAUGGGUAGUCACUGAGAAUGAACCAAAAACAUGUGACAAUAUUAUGGUUUCAAAAUACUUGUGUAAUUUAGUUAGAGACACCAAGACAGAAGAUGCUUAUGAAAUUAUAAGAAAACUUUACCGAUUAAUAAAAAAUAAGGACCAUUUAGCUUGGAAACAAAGUUACUUUGAUGUAUUGAAAGAUGUUCAAGAAACAAUGUUGAAUUUGUACAACGCUAAAAUGAAAGUUGAAACUACAUUUACAUAA